AAUGGAAACGUUCGGUUCAGUCAGCUGUUGUGGGGCCGGUAGUAGGGGCCGCGGGCGAGGGAGCCUGCGCCGUCUGUGACGUCACGCACGUAAUUAUCUCAUUGAGCCGAGCGCGCCCGAGCGCGCCCGACGCCGCCCGAAGCCGAUCAAAGCCAACCAGUGCUCCAUGUUUUCUAGUACGCGGCCGACACACGCCACGCUCGAACGUUCCGUCGUAUAUUUAUAAUCACCAAACAGUGCAGUCUGUGCCUGAUAGAUGCCCGUCGCGAGUGCCGUUACGCUAACAGUGAAGUGUAUACGAUUUCAUUUCGUCUUCGUUUGUGCGAGUGAUUUAGUGACGUGAGCAUUCCUUCGAGCCCGCAGCCGGCCAUCGGUCGAUGAGCGCUCCCGCUGACGCCAAGGAGCACAUUGAUCGAGCUCGAUCCAGCAGCCCAAUGGCGAGUGGAUGACGAUCUCGGCCCGCUCCCCGGACAAGGAGCCGCCGCCGCCCAAGCAGAUCAACCUCGCCGAGCCGCUCGUCGAGUCCGUGCGCGUCUACCUCGCCAAUGAGCUGCCCGAUAAGCAGCUAGCGCCGCCCGUGGAUCCGCCGCCGCCCAGCGAUGUUGACGUCGACAUAGCGCAACACACCGCCCACGAAGAAAUCAAAGGCAUCAACUUUGAGCGCCUGAAGCGGAAUGACCUGAACAACAACGCCUCUCGAACCGAGGGCGAGCGGCCGAGUGCGAACCCCGAGAUGCCCAACCAGGCGGAGUUGAUGCAGCGCCAGCCGCUGCUGGCGCGCGCCGCUAAGACGGACGCGCCAGCGCCCGGCACCGACGAGUCCGACCCCGACCAGGAGCACUCCCCGGCCCGCGGUGACUUCAUCGUGGAGAUCCCGCCAGGCGCGCGCGAGGAGCGCUACCCUAAAGAGAUAUGGAAAACGAUAAUUUCCUUUUUCUUCUUGUUUUUAUGCGUGUGCGUCAACAUGAUGUCGCUGUCGCUGGUACACGAGAGGGUACCGGACCGCAACACGACGCCGCCGCUGCCGGACAUCUGGCUCGACAACGUGGCGGCCCGGGACUGGUGCCUCGCCGUCUCCGAGUACCUCAUCAUGCUGUCGACGACGGUCGCCAUGCUGGUGGUGGUGUUUCACAAGCACCGCUUCAUCGUCGCGCGGCGGUGUUUCUUCAUCAUCGGGCUGCUGUACCUUUACCGCUCGGUAACCAUGUUCGUGACGGUGCUGCCGAUGUCGAGCACAACGUAUUUCUGCAGCCCGAAGAGCAACAGCACGACGCCACUGAUGGUGGUGAAGCGCAUGUUCUACCUCAUCUCUGGGUUCGGGCUGUCCAUCAACGGCAAGCACACAUUCUGCGGGGACUUCAUCUACUCGGGGCACACGAUGGUGCUGGUGCUGUCGUAUUUGAUCGUGGCAGAGUACUCACCGCGGAAGCUAUGGCCCGUGCACUGGGGCCUGUGGGGUGCGGCGGUGCUGGGCGUGGUGUUCGUGCUGCUGGCGCACGGCCACUACACCGUGGACGUGAUAAUCGCGUACUAUGUGACAACACGGCUGUUCUGGACGUUCCACUCGCUGCUGGUGACGCCGCAUCGGCACGGGCCGGGCCAAUACAUGAUUCAGCGCGAGUGGUGGUACUGGCUGUUCACAUACCUAGAGCGCAACGUGCGCGGGCCGGUGCCGCGGCGCUACGACUGGCCGCUGCCGUGGCCGCGCAGUAAGCUGUUCAGCCGGCUCAGCUAGUGACGGGAGGGCGCACCGCCGCCCGAGCGCGUGUGACGCACCUUCUGCGAGUGCCGGCGUAACACCUGCAGCUCCUUGGGGCUGGUGCGCGUGCACACGGCCAGCGUCAGCGUGUAGUCGAACUGGUGCACGAUCAGGUUCAGGUACACUGUCUCCUCCCAGUCGAUCUCCGGGUCGCCGAUGGGUAGCUUCUUCGAGUCCUUGCGGAACACCUCCACGUCCGUCUGCAACAAACAGGCCGUGACAGACGGGGUCGGACAAAUGUCCUAUGUGAUAACCGAUAAGUGAGUUUUCCUAAAUGUUUAGUGCAAACUGUUCUAUAAACUCGAAUGCUUUUAUUGUUGAAUAGAAUAAGAUUUUUAUUUACCGAGGACUAUUAUCGUUCGGACGAUCAAUUAUGAACAGCCAUCUGUUGAUAAAUACAUAUAAAUCUUUUUGUUAUAUUUAAAUUAUAACUUUUAUAAGUGGUUAUGGAGCGCCAAGUGUGGGAAGGACGCGAUAUUUAGUAACCAAUUGUACUGUGAUUUGGAAUGUUUCCGAGGAUGCAUGAGCGGCUUGCACCGCUAAGUACAUACAUAGCAUAAUGAGAAGCCUAUUAUAAGAAAUACUAUUUUUAUAUUGUAUAAAAUAGAAUACAUACUGUUGUUUAAAGCUACUUUUUGUAUUUCCAAAGAAUCUAAUAGAAUUUUGUAACUUCAUCCAAAUGGUGCUAUACUAGAAAUAUAUCAGCGAGACAUCGCUGCCGAAAGUCACAAACUAGUAUACUAUCUACAAAACGCAUUUUUAGAGCAAAAUAGCAUAUACAAUAAUAACAAAUUGAUAAGCAAUAGCCAGGACAAACUAUCUAUUCCGAUCAGAAUCCACACGUCUGUAGAAAUAAUGGCACGAGUAUUUCAAAAAAAUAUAAAGAACCUUUAAACGCAACCCAAAGAAGUACAUAUGAUCGCAAUCUGAUUAAUUUAAUCGUCAAUAUUUCAUUGUUGUAAUGAAAUCCUGCGCCGUAAACAAAUCAUGGUUUCACAAUCCAGCACAUAUUUGUGCUGUACCUACCAGCGAUAGCGGCCGAUAAAACAAAACCAGACUCUGGAAUGACCGACGACGAAUUUUAAAGGCUAUUUAUUUGCAUAUAAUUUUUUCAUCACACUUGCUCGUAAAAUAGUAUAUUAUUGAUAUGCUAGAAAGUAACCAAUAUAGGUAGAUGGACAAGUUAGUUUGAAUUCUUUCGGCCGAGUCAUUACAAAGUGCUUUUUCACAACUACUGAGGAAAUUUAUUUAUAUAUUUUAUAUUUAGUAUAAUUAUUAUCAUUUUUCGAGAGACGACAAUUUCAUAUUCUAACCUAUUUUAACUUAAAAUUGGCUACAGAAUUUAGCUAAAUGGAUAGAAAAUGAGCCUUCCAUUAUAAAAAAGUGGAAUUUAAAAAGACAUAUUGAGAUUAGAAAAAAAACAGUUGUCUAAAAAAUAGUACAUUACGAUACAAGUGCGAAAAAUAGGAAAUUCGAAACGAGUGGCGAUAAAUUAAAACACGACCGAAGGGAGUGUUUUAAAUCGACACGAGUUGCGAAUUACCUAUUCGCACAUGUAUCGUACAACGUUUUACAGUACAUAUGGCCCUUUAAAUGUUCGACACAGUAACGUAAUAUGCUACUUCUCGCACUAGUGCUAUAAAGUAGCCCCAUAUGUACUGUAAAAAAUAUUUUUUUACUUUCAAAAAGAAAAUUGUAUGACAACUAUAAACAUAAACGCAAUAUUUCAGGGUCAAAGUAACAAUUUUCGUGAUCUUCCAUACAUUAAGGACAGACUAAUGUAAUGUGACGUCACUUUACAAUAUCAUUUUGUUAGAGCCGUUCCAAUCGUCGAGUGCGAGCGUCAGACUUUAACUCUCAUUUCAGACCUUUGUGUUGCUUAAACGCCAUGAGUCCUAUAUAGACAUUUGAUCCUCAGGAAAAUCAAGAUCGAUUGACAUUAUUUACAAAAAACUGUCAAGUAGCCAAUUCAAAACUACCAAUCUUGCCGUCGCUUUAAUUUUCGUAUGUUUCACUUGAAUUAUUCGUUUUAACAACAUAACUAAUAUAAUUAAUUCUAUCGUCUCAAAAAAUUACGUAGACAUCAUAUUAAUCCCCCGCCUCUUUGUAUUUUUUUUAUUGAAAUAAAUAACUGAUGGCAUUUAAUUUUAACGCUUAAAAGAGCUUUACGCGACGAGAUCUAUAAACAACCUGUAUUAUUCUUAAAAGAAUUCAGAGCACUAGUACAUUAAUUUUUUAAUUUGGUGCGUUGGGUGUCAACCAACCAGCGAGUGGAAAGUAAAAGUGUAUAGAACCUAAUAAUUGCGUGUCCGCUGUUGUAAGAUCGAAAGAUACAAGAAGUACGCUACUCGUAUAAUAAAGCUUCGGUGGACUUAAUCUUAGAAAAUCGGAAAGAGUAGCACUAGAACAUUGUUAGACUAUUGGUUCAGGUCUACAACAAGCCGUACUUUCUAGUCAAGAUUUAGACUAUCUAUGAUAAAUGGGCUAUUCCAUAGGGAACUCUCGUGGAUAAAAUGCAACUUUCUCAUCAGUUUUUGAAGUAUCAAGAUAGCCUUUACCAGCUGGUGUGGUGAAAAAUUAUUUUAUCUCGAAUAGAAACGUAAACUGACAGCUGCGUAUGUGUAUUUCGUGAGAUUAGAUUGUUAUCGUUUACUACCUUUUAAGUAUAUGAAUAAAUUAUUUUCCUUUACGCGAUUUCAUGUCUUUUCAAUUACUUUUUUAACAUAAUUACGUCAGAAUCAAAAAUACAUUUUGUAAACUGCUCUGUUCACCAACUUUUCCUAAUUCUGGAUAUCGGUGUGAAUAUUUAUGAUUUCACAAGUUCAUUGUCACUAAUUUAGUUAAAAGCAGUUCAACAUUUUUAUAAUAUUUCUAUUUUCUACGCUAUUCUUUACCGUGGUCACAUGGCAUACACAACUCUUUGCCUUAAUAUCUACCGCCUCUGCUACGUUAAAAAAAAGAGGGAUAACUUUUAUAUGUGUGUAAAAAUGUCAGUAUGUAUGUAUAAAUACAUUAUGUAUAAACACACAAUUUACCUACUUGCAAGUGUGAUGAACUGAUGAAAACAUUGUACAUAGCUCGUGUCAUGAAAUAUUUUAUUUUAUUAGACUAGUUUGUAAUAAUACUCUCACCCUCGACGUUGCACGAUGUACUAAUUUCAACGUACCUAAAGAAAUCAAUAUUGUUGUAUAUUUUGGUUUUUAAUAUUAACUACAUACAAGUCGA